CUUCAAAGGUCAAGGUCAUUAAAAACCAGCUGGAGGUGAGGGAAUGUAUUUUUCGUUCUUUCUUUUCGUCUACCUGGCAUUAAUACGUGAAAUAGACGCUUUCGUCUUUCUUUUUUGCUCUAUUUCACAAUGGAUAUGCAUCAGUGUCCCAUUUAAUGAAGUUUCUUUUUAGAUUUAUGAAAAAAUGCGAACAAUUUCGCUUGUCGAUUGCUAGAAAUGUCUGUCCAAUCGCAGCCGCCGACCUGGGGUCACAUGGCUUAUCACAUUCCAUUCAUUCUUCUGUGAUUUUCACAAAAGCUGCCAGUAUUGAAAACCAGCCACCAGGAUCAACAAACUAUUUCCACUGUCGGUGACAAGAGACAAUUUAGGAAUCAAAAUUAAGACUUAAUGUGACGGGGUUGGAUCAUUGGACACUGUGUAUGUUGGGAGCUGCGAUGGAAACUCCCCUAGAUGUUCUGUCGCGAGCAGCCUCGAUGGUUCAAGAUACUAGCAGAAGCAGUCAAGCAACCACUGUGAUGGAACAUGAUAGAACAAAGACCAGUUCUCCUACCAAACAACUUCCCACAAGAAUGCAGCGUGAGGAAAGGAGGCGAGGACGUCAGGAGAUGUCCGCUAUGCUACAGUUUGCAGCAAACCACAGAGAUAGGACAGGGGAUAGGAAGUGUGCGGGCACACAAACACCAUAUUCCAGUUUCAAUGGACAGCCAAUGUACACAUCAGGAGAGGGCCCUCAACGGCCUACCAACCUUCCACUAGUCAGCUAUCACACACACACCACAGCUCAGUCCAACGCACAAACUGGCUUCUGUGGCCAUUGUAAUAAUGGCAGCACGAAUCCUGGUGCUGGCUCAUUCAACAGCCCUACUUCACCUCUUAAUUUAUCAACCACGACGCGAUCGCCUGUGUCCCCACUACAGCAGCAGCACAGGCCGUCCGUGAUAACAUGUGCACACUGCGGACCUCCUCCAUAUCCAGCGGGGACCAGAAGAAUAGAAACCUCAGUUGACCUCUGUGACCCAGCGAUUGAGGAGCAUUUCAGACGGUCAUUAGGGAAAAGCUACCAAGACUACCUUCCCGCCUCCACACCUCCGGGACCACUGUCGCCGCUGUCCAAGUCACCUGUGACCAAAUCACCGAUCUCAGCAUCAGGACCACCCCUCAGUCAGGCUGCAGUCACCAUGGCAACACCAUCCCCACUCUCCUCCUCUGCCUCCACGACACCAUCAUCUGAGUGCAGCAUCUCAAUAGCAGGUUCAGCUUCUGUAGACGAUCACUUUGCCAGAGCUCUGGGAAACAGCACCUGGUCAGAAAUUAAAGCUAAGAAGGAACCUGUGCAAUUGGACAUUUUAGCUGGUUCUGUGGAUGACCACUUUACAAAAGCUCUGGGGGACCAAUGGCUGAAGAUUAAGGCUGACAAAGAAUUAACUAGGAAAGAGGCGGUCAAUGGGGCAUCUGUGGCACAUAUGACGACCUCUUCACGUACACAGCCUUCACAGACUUUGGUGUCUUUAUAGAUUAUUAGAAAACCAAGUAAUCUUAUUCUGACUGCUAUGUACGUUUGUGAAAAUUUCAAGGUUGGCUUUAUAGCCUCAUUUCCUGGAUAAAAGAGAUCAGCAGGAUUGACAACUUAUGACUGAGUGGUUUUUAUGGAUCUGUUCAAACUUGAAAUGGUGGCGCCUCCCUGUCGGGGCAAGUGUCAACAAUGUGAAAUGUUAUGUGAUGGCAUUUUUUCUUGGUUUAAAAAUUAUUUGGCUGAAAACAUUUGAGUGAAAAGGGUAAAAUUCCAGUAUUCAUGGUGUUUAGACUGUCUUAAGGUCACAUUCUCCAAGACAACACAUCAAAAAAGGACAAUAAUUUAAUGUAAAUGAACAAAUGUCAAGGUUUUUGUUAUGAACAGUUUCUUUCUUUUGUGCUUCUUUUAAUUUAAGGUCAGAGUUCAUGAAAUAAUGGCUUAUGUAAUUGGCUAGUAAGUGAUGAUUCAGUAAUCAAUGUGAUACAUGUAGCUUGUCCAGUGAUGUUGUAAAGCACACAUUAUUGAGCACUGUACAGUUUUCAUUCAGUUUUUCAGCGAUGGGAUGCCAGAGUAUUAUUGUACAUUGUAUAUACACUGUUGCUGUUGUAAUCUUUACGGUUCAUACCAAGUUCACUACAAUAUGGACUCACUUCAGUUGGGGAUUUUUUUCUACCUUCAGUUUUCAUGGUUGUGCACUUGUAAAUUAACCAGGAUGUUUGGUUUGUUUUAUAAGUAUAAUAAGUAUAAGCAAAAUGAGAAGUGUAUGGUUCUUUCUAAAAAAAAAAAAAAAAAGCUCCAAGGCACAGUUGAAGGUGUGAGGCAAAAAGGCAGAUAGAGGAAAGUAUGGAAGGUCAACAUAAAAGAGUGAAGAGACGGGAGCUUUUUUUCAAACCCAGGCAUUGACACACAAUCUGAAGGAUUGACAUAACCUGGGUGGGUGGAGUGUCAUAACUGCACUGCUUUGAUCUACUGUUUCUUUUGAAGGAUUAAAGUUAGAGAGAGGUCUACAGGUAGUAAAAUUUGCUGUCUUAAGGCAAGCCAUGGAUGGGUUUCAUCUCAAAAUUAUAGGGUUUAUAAUGUAAGUCAGUAAGUUAAUGUUAUAUUAUAUUAUUUAAUUUAAAAACCGUCAUAGAGAGGCACUGGCCUUAUUGUGGUAAAGAAAUAAUAUUAUGCUAUUUAAGGCACGGAAAAGUCAUGCAGGACCAAGAAGAUGGAGAAAAGAAAUGGUCCAGAUCCAACUGUGGGUGGUUUUCAUUCAUCUCCAGAGCACCAAGUGCACACUAGGAUAGGGUUUUAUUAGCACCACACCUUAUGGUAUCUUACCCAUUGGAACAAAUGUGAACAGUGAACUAGGGUUUUCAUCAUCUUUUGUAAUUAAUUAAUAAGUAAAAGAAAACUGUUUCUGAAUAGAUUGAUGCAUUAUAUUUCAGCCCUUGACAUGAUCUUGAUCACAAAUGAUCAAGUGGUAAAUGGUUAAAACAUCAUGCCUAAUACCUAAAUACAUUUUUUUUUUUUUUGUUAAGAAACCAUUUACCGUCUUACCAAAUAGGUGAUCGUCAUUGAAAUGUGAGAAUUAGAACAAAAUAUAACAAUUUUGACCAAACCAGGUUAAAAAUCCCAUGGAAUCCCUUUUGGUCAAUUAUGGGUCAGGAUUGUUCUAAAUUUUACUCAACUCAGAUCUAAGAUUAGAAUCAAAGAGCAGGACUGUUUAUUGUCUAAGUUAUAUCUUGUAAAACAAGAGUGAAGUAUUGGUGAUAUGUUAAUAAAUGUGAAAUAUGUUGUUAA